GUUCUGGGCUCGCUGUAAAGAUCGUGACAUGGCACGAUCCAGCGGCACAAGUAGACGGAAGUUGCCAAUGAUGAUGCUUUUCACUUUAUUCAGAAACUGUUAAUGAACUUACUUAAGGUUUAUUCUCUUCAAUCCAUUUGAAUGACAACAAGUAAACGGUUGCAAGUUUCGUGAGCAAGGAUUGGAGGCGAGCAGGCGGACGAUGCAUUGUAAAUAUGGCGAGGAUGUUCGAUAUUGCUAGUACUAGGUUCAGCACAUAAUUACAUGAUAGAGAAUGCGAUUAGUCGGGAUGGUCCGGCAGCUCUCGGCUUUCAGUGGCGGUAAAUGCAGUUAGGAAAGUCACCUUCUUCGGGCCGCGGGUCCACGCACUUUCUUCUCGCUCACCAAGUAAGAUUUUGAUUUUGGUUUCUCAGGAGUACCAGUGGUUCAGAAUUACGUCUGUGCCGUCUAAAUUUUCGCCUUCCACCGUUAUACCGUCAACUUCUGCCGUGGUUGCUGGAACAAAUAGUAACUGUACUAGUUGGAGAAGUUGUAUCCGCCCUGGUGCUGGUCGCGCACCACGAGUAGGACAAAGUGCAGUACUUGAAGUAUAAGGUGGAGUCGGCGAAAAACAUGCCAGAGAAGGCAGGUGGAGCGUCAUCAUCCACUGCUUUCGACGGCAGCGGGUCAGAGGAACUGCGAGACCACGCUAUUGAGGUUCUGGCGAAGUUGGAGGACUUUUGUGCAGACCCGAGUUUCACUUCAGCGAUUAACGACUUUUUCAAGAACGAAUCGGAGGUACAACUUGGAGAAAGAAACAAACAACUAUUUAAGCAAUGGAAAUAAUUAGAACUGUUAGGGAUCUGAGUAUCAGGAUAAAGAUCAACAGGAAGGUGAGCACGAAGAUCAUGGCGCGAAGGCUCAAGAUCAAGAUCAGGACGAGGAUCCAGCUUAUCAGGCUCAAGCCAUAGAGAUUCACCAGGAAGCAAGACCGCCAGGAUUCUGAUGGCUGAAGGAACUGACUACGAGGAGGAAACGACAACCAUCGCCCACGUUUGUGCCUUCAGGUUUGUCGUCGUCGCUGACGACUAGGCCCAUCAAUCACGCCGCUGAGGCUAUCACGUACUUGGGCGGUGUUCGUAGUCGGCGGCGUUCGUAGUCUCGUGCGCUUAUAUUCGUAACGCCUUGAGCAUCUCCACCAAGGGCCCCGCCUCGCGGUUGCUUACCAGGGUAAGCGCUUCGCUCUUCUCUUAUUUUAGUCGACCUUGACGCUCGAUUUCCGCCUCAAGUGCCGUUGCUUUGCGCUGCUCUUGUUCGCUCCAAGUAUCAGUAUGCGGCCCGCCCUUAGGCAUCUUGUUAGCCCUUUCGCCCACGAAUGCGAAGACGAUCAAGCUCGCCAUCGAUUUGCUACCGCCAGGCGGUACCCUCGUCACUCGCAAGCUUCGGCGCCUUCGCUGCGAAUGUCUGGGCCUCGUUCUGCUGCUCGGUUUGUUGCUUCAUGAGCUCGGUCACGUUCUUGCUCUGCGUUUCAGCCAAGGCUUGCGGGCUCUGCAUGAUAGCGGCGGCCUCCUGCAUCUCGGGCAGGCUCUGCCUGGUUUGCUCCGAGCUCCGCCUCAUUGCGGCAACGAACAAAGUCCCGCAUGAAUGUUGCCGUCUGCAGCCUCCUUGUGGGCUUCUGCGGUCUUUCUGGAUGCCACUUUUGUCCUAAGCCUAUGGCAUGGUCUACGAUAUACCAAACAGAAAAGGGGGCGAAGAUAUGGACGACGGGGGUGAGAAGGGUAGCGGCAAGCUAAAACUUUUGGAAAGCUAAGAAGCGAGGGGCCUUUUAUCGAAUGUAAGUGCACUAGACUAUGAAAGCCGUCCAAGUACGUGAUAGCCUCAGCGGCGUGAUUGAUGAGCCUAGUCGCCGGCGACGAUGACAAACCUGAAGGCACAGGCGGAAGCGUAGGCGAUGGCGGUCGCUUCUUUCUCGUAAUCGGUUGGUCCUUUCAGCCAUCAGAGCCCUGGGGAUCUUUUUGCUGGAUCUCUAUGGCUUGAGCUUGAUCAUUUGGGUACCCGUCCUGAUAUUGAUCGUGUUGGGCCUUGGCGUCAUGAUCUUAGUGCUGGCCUUACUGCUGAUCUUCAUCCUGGUUGGUACUCAGAUCCCGAACGAGCACAAUGACAAUUACUGAAUUGGUGUUGGUCGUAAUAGUGUUUGCGUUUUAUUGAUGUCUGGCGAAGUGGGCCUUUUUUCGGCUCGUGUUUCUAGCCCUGUUCUCUCCGCUUCAAAGCUUAACACCCAUAGUUACAACGCGAUAAUUAUAUGUUCCCCUCGCUACGUCUGCUCCCUAUUGCCGCUAUUCGGAAGGUUCCUUAAGAGCGACUACUGUCUCUGUCAAAUAUUAAGUUUCCAUUUCUUUGUUGACCCCUCUCAGAAAUUUGACAGUCGGGUUGACGACUUUCCGCAUGAAUGGUAUCUGAGCUACAGACGAUAUGGUCUGCUUCUCGAAGGCCUUCUUUCGUCAUUCGACUCUUGCACUUCGGAAGACUUGCAUUUUCUCGGCGAUACUUUUCUCCGCCAAAUUGAAGGUCAUGAUAAUGCUACUUAUAUUUAUCGGAACUUCGUCCUCUAGUGGUACUGGUGAUACUUAGGAAGCAAGUCUAUCUUGUGCCUCGAGUCAUAAGGGAGAGCGAUACUAGUUAUUUGUUACUGACCGCCUAGGACGAAGUUCAACAUUUUUAGUCGCGAUCCCUGGUGAUCCCGCGACAGGGGCCCGCAAUAGACUGGUGGGACGAUCGAAAUCUAAAUUGAUAGAGUCUAUGUGUAUGGGGGAGUAGCAAAAAUUUGUUAUGUGAAGGAAUUUCUGAAAUACCACUCGAUGAGUAUCAAUAUACAUUAACGCAGAUAGCAAUCCCCUGAUGUGCGCCGAUUAUCUGCUGGCUUCUCUAGAGUACGAGGACUUUGUGCGAGUAGCGCAGGAUCAUAGGGAGUUGCUCUUCGGAGAUUUACCUGACCCACCGGGACCUCAAACGAAUCUAUUCGGCUCAGAUGGCUGCGAAAGUCAAGAACCGCACUCAACGUCGGGGAGUGCAGCCGUUGAACUCUUUAUGAUCAUUUGACUAGUGGCUUCUAGUAAGCAGGCUAAGAAUCAGUCGUAGUACGUGAAGAUUCUACUAGUGCUGUGAGUCUAAGUUCUACUACUAGUUUUAGAGUAUUUAAUUUGACUACAAUGAUGGCCAUGGCGAUGUUGGCCGAGCGCUAGAAGGCGAAGACCGGUCCGUAAUAGUUUUUGCUGUUUCGUUCACAGAUUCUUGCGAAGCGGUUGCUCCAUCAAUCUAAGUUUUAUCCCGGAGAUUCGCUGCGGCAAAAGCUUGAAAGAAACAGGACAUUGCGGGAAAAUUCUGGCGGUGGGGGCUCGUGGAGUGCCGAGUCCCUUGCUGUGGAGGCGGAUGCUGAUCCGCAACUUUCGAGUUCUUGCAACUCAUUACGAGAUCCGGGCGCCAAUUGUUCCCUCAGAGAGCAACCGAAUGCGGCUACCUAGCAGUCCUAGAAGUAGUACUGCAAACCCUGCUAAUAAGCCGACCCUAUUAAAGAUAGACGCGACCACGUUUUGUUGUGUGUGUCUUGAUGGUACAACGAACACCAUGAUUGUGUACUAAUGGGACCAGUUGUCCGUUGCAGUACAACAAAGUCGUCGUAGUUAGGUAUUCACAUUCAUCAGGUGCUCCAGCAUAUUAGAAGAUGUAGGACAAUGCAGUAUCUUUUGGAAUCGAGCAUCUAGAAUAUGCCUUCUUGAAGCUGUGCGAUCAUAUUUCACAAUCGAGUCCAUGGUGCUGUUCUUCCUGAGGCGUCUGAGAAUAUAAACUAGAAGUAUCAAACGAUCGGGAUGAAAGCAAAUUCUGUUCCUGUGGGCGUCACUUUUUGCGUACAUGUUAUUGUUCGGCUUCCUGGUGAGCCCGAGAAGGGGAAUCGGAUGUAUUUGUACUACUUUUUCGUUGUAGUAGUUCGUUGCGCUGACGACUCAAGAGCUCGUUCGCUCAAUGAAGUCACAGGAUGAAAGCACUUAGGAUCCUAACAGUGUGCGCGGCGUUCGGG